UAUGAGCUUUCGACGCGUUGACUGCAUGUGUGCUUUUGCAGGGUUUAAAAAUAGUUAUUGAUAAAUACGUGCUGUGGGUGAUUGUGAUAUUCGUUGUAUAUGGACAUUGUGUUGAUUUCCUGACUUUACAUUUUUGGAGAUGGUUAUCCUCACCAGGAGUGCGGACAUGUCAGAGGGACAAGCCACACCCGAAUGGGAUAUAAACGACGCCGUGGUCCCCAGAGUGACGCAUUUCGACACAUUCGGCGAGUGGUGCGACGGUCACGUGAGGAGGGUCUACCCUCCCGGCUGCGAGGAGGCUAGGAGACAUGCGUCAGGAUGGGCCAUGAGAAACACGAACAACCAUAAUGUCCAUAUCUUGAAGAAAAGCUGUCUAGGCGUCCUAGUAUGUUCCACGAGGUGUCGACUGCCCGACGGCUCGCGAGUCCAUUUGCGACCUGCAAUCUGUGAUAAAGCUAGAAAAAAGCAACAAGGUAAGCCGUGUCCAAAUCGCCUGUGCAACGGUGGCAGAUUGGAAGUACAACCGUGUCGCGGUCAUUGCGGAUACCCAGUCACACAUUUCUGGAGACAUACGGAACAUGCAAUAUUCUUCCAAGCAAAAGGCUCUCACGAUCAUCCCCGACCAGAGGCGAAGGGGGCGAGUGAAGUGAGGCGGUCACUCGGCGCCGGCAGAAGAGUGCGCGGCCUAGCUUUACUACUAGCCAGAGAAGCAGCAAUCGCCGACAAAAUAUUAAAUGUUAAGCCCGAAAAGCAAAUGCCACAGAAAACAAAUGCACAUCUUCAACCACCUCCGCUAAUACCAGAUAACCAAAGAGCACUAACUUGUACAUGCGGUCCAUUCGAGUGCAGCUGCCGGUGGCGUCCUGAAAUGCCAAAUGAGACAUUUGCGCCCUCAACGUGGCCUUCGACGGAACACCAAACUUAUAAUACUUACAUCACACCUUCAAUACAAACCUCACACCAACCGCAACAAACAUACGACCCUAGUGCAUUGCCCUCCGACGACAUUUUCCAUCCUGAAGAAAUAUUCCAACUAGACCAGCCCAUACGCCUCGACUUCCCCAUGGAAGAAAACACCUUAGAAUCACCUCCUACGUUCGCUGAUCUGAACAGCGAAAAUUCUAGACCUGAAGAUUCAUAUUGGUUCGAAUGGCAACGGGCGGCUGGAGGAUCGGAUACCAGUGAGACAUCGUCACCAGAGCUCUUUGGGAAUGGAUACCAACAAAUGGAACCCUACUGUGAUCAACAGGCGUACACGCAUCAACAGUUUUAUCCCGAAGAAGCGCAAUACUAUCCCGUUGAUAAUACACGAGAAUCCCCAGUUAUGGAAAUGGAAGAUCAACGGUACUAUAGGUACGGUCAGGAUUGUUCACAAAGUAACCUAGAGAUGCAAGGAUGGAACUACACGGACUGCGCCUUCACCCCUCACAAUAUGCCGGAAUGCAAACAGUACUACGACGUCCAACACACGCAGUCCGUAAAUGCGUUUAGUGGUCUAUUAUAAUUCGCUGUUAUUAGAAGAAUUUAUUUGUACAUAGCUUGUUAUUGUGUAUAUUGUAAAUAGAGUUAUUCCUUGUUCUUGUAAUUAGGCUUUGAUUUUGUGUUGUAACUAUUAAGUGAUGUUAGUUCCUUUUUCUGGACCCUUCAUAUUUGUUAUUGAAGCUGGAUUGAAUAGAAUGAAUUCGUUUUAAGGAGAAAAUAAAAGCGCAUUUUUAUAAAAUGUCUAUUUAUUGUAUAUAAAAAUUACAUUAAAAUUGUCAAUUUUACAUUUCUUUUAUUUUCUAAAGAUAAAAUUGGUCACUACAAAAUAGUCCACGAAGCGAUUACACGAUAAAAUGUAUUAUGCAUUCGUAAUCGCAAAAUAUAAUAUGUACCUCGAGUUGUCCAUACGACUAUAACUUUAAACAAUAUCGAUAACAAUAUACCAAAAAUGCGUUAAUAUUUCGACAGAGCGAUUGAUCGACCGCUCUGUCCGCACUCCGCCAGCUGCAUGCGCAGAGCCCGUAGCCGCUACACAGAGAAGCGCGCAAUGGAAAUAUUAAAACAGUUUUGUUCCAACAUCUCAUCUCAACAAACAAGUAUUUACAAUAACGAUACCUGUUUAUACAAGAUAUUAUUGUGUAUUUAUAUGCUCAAUAAAAGGACAAAAAUCAUAUCAGAUUGACAAUUAUUGUGAACUAUAGCAAAUUGUGUGUAUUAAUAAAAACCUUAGAGCUAACAAUAGACAAAUAGAUUAACAUUAUUUAAUCACAAAGCGAUAUCACGUAACGGCUUUUUUUAAUAUUGCAAAAUAGGGCCACAAAAUUGAACAAUUUAAUGUAAUUACACCUUAGAUAUCAACGUUCAUUACUAUAGGCCCUAUCAAUUAUUAUAUAGAGAUGACGUAUUAAGCCCUUCUGUUUACGGGGGUGAGGAGAGCACAGCACGCACUAUCACAGCAUUCGACAAAGCCGACUGAUGCCUCUAACCUUCCUAUAUAAUCCAUGGCAGUAAAUUAUACCUAUACGUUACCAGAUUAGAGACACUCUAAGCCCAGAAAUGGCUCAUAUUAAGGCCACAAACAAAUUUCAAUUCGAAGCGAUGCCCUCUUCUUUAACGUAACGUUUUGCGCAUCAUUCUAUAUUUUAUAAGAAAAAUUACGGACGCAAGAAACCUGUGCUUUGAUAAAAGGACUAGUUCCUAUAUGACACCUUAUAGUAACAUAAAAUCUUGUAUUCCAUAAUGCCUUGUCAAGGAAUCGAUAAAAAUAUCAUGUAGGAACUAUUUCCUUGUAAUUUACCAGUGAGUAAAUACUUGUUAAUAUUUCAAAUAAACUACAGCUAGAACGAUAGAACUAUCUAGAAGUUAGAGUUUAAUUUGAAGCGAGAUCGUUCACGUAAGCGUUUCCGUUUGCUGAAGCCUAAACGCUUAUAGUAAGUGUAGAGUAGUGGACAGAAGUCCUAUUAAUACUAUGACUUAGGUAUCAAUAUAGACUUAAAAGUUAGGACAAACAUUGAAGAUGAAAAGCGACACUACCUACAGCUGUAUUUAGACACGUAGCUAUAACAUUUUUUUAUCUUCAUAAAAUUAAUUACGUUUUAAUCAUUACAUUUUGUGCUUUAUAUAUAAAAAAAAAUUAAUUUGAUAUCGUUAGAAGUAAGUUAAAAGAAUUUCUUGAAUAAAAUAUUAGUGACAUCGUUAAUAAAGUUUAAGAGGAACACAUAACACAACGCAAAUAUAAAAAUAAAAUAUGGUGAUGCAAAACAACGCUAAUUAAGCUGAAAAGCGACUAAAAUCAUAAUUUGUACUAUAGAAGAAAACACGAAUUUAAAUUCGAGCGACCGCCUCCAGACUCCCAUAAUAAUUAAACCCCUUCCUUCCCUCUAAGCUUACUUAUUCAAUACUAAAACUAAACAUAAUUUCAUCUGCAUCAAUCUUAUAUAGUUCAAAUGAGACAAAAUAUCAUCAUUGCCAGAUUAUUGUUUUAUGUUACAUUCAUUUUGAACGAACCAAUCAAACAAUAAAUUAAUUAAAAUGUUUGUCUUUAAAUUAAAUAAACAAAAAAAAAUUAAAACAAUAUAUAUUUUUUUUAAAUACAAUAAUUAAAUAAAGUGUUCCAUGUUCGUUUCUAAUUCGUGGAAGACUAUCUAGGUGGAAUAUUUCCAAUGAUAUAUCUUAUAUAUAAUACAAUAUUUAUCGUAAUUGCGGACACGUAAAUCAUGAUACAGAAAUGAACUAAAAAAUAAUUGUUAAGGAUAAUUUCCAAACAAUUUUUUUUUUAUGAUUUCAAAUAAAACCGCUGUACCCACAUUUCGAUAAUAAUGUGAUUCAUUAUAAUAUAAUAUUGUUUGUUGAUAAACUUUAAAUAUACAUGUCUAUACUAAUACAUAUAAUAAACAGGUAAAGUUUGUGAAUUUAUGGGUUGGUGACGUUGUAGAGGGCGAAUUAUGGAUCUAUUGAACUGAUUUAAAUAUGCUUUCAUCAAUGGAUAGCCACGUCAUCUGUGAGUGUCACAUGCUAUAUUUUAAUUUGUUUAUAUCCCGGGUCAACCCAGGCUGAGCCAGGACGACCGGCCAGUGAUAUGUAUUAUGAAUGGAUGUAUAAUAUUUUAUUCCUUUUUCAUUUUUAUGACUCUAGAACUUUCCAUACAACAAAUUCAGUUUUUUUCAAAAACAGCAUAAUAGACGGAUCUCCGAAGAUUUGAUAGACAAAAACCAUAUGCAUAUAAACCGUUUUAUAUCAGACAUUUGCUCCUUUAUAGAUGCAGUAUUGUAUUUUUUAUUAUACAAUAAUUUUAUAAGUGUUAAAUCUUCGAACAACUUUGAUCCUUACAGCGAUGUACAUUAGAUAAUAAAUUUGUAUAACACAACACAUUUAACAUUUUACGUUGAUAAGUAAAACACCCUCCAAUAUAGAAUGUGAAGGAAAAUAAAGAGUUUGAAAGGUUAUAAAGACAGACAGAGAUGCAAGAUACGCGUACUUUCCCUGUCUAAGUACAUCUGUAACAAAAUAAUUCAUCUCUUGAGGCAAUUUAAUUUUUUUUUU